AUGACUCGCAACUCCAGCAUCAGUGAUUUUGUUGAAGAGGGCAGCUGCCAGCCUCCGACCUGCCCGCGUGCCCACUCGCCCUCAUGCCCCAGCACAGGCCCGUCCGUGGCCCCGCCCACCAACUCCCCAUGGCCCUGCGCCCAGACACCCCCGGGCGGCAGGCAGGGCCCCGGGACACUCAGGACCGAGCUUCCCCAGAGAGGAGCUGAGGGCGACGGUGUGGUGGGCGGGAGGAGCGCUGGCUGCGCCCCGAGCUCCAAGGGCCCUGAUCACAAGGAUUCAGACGGGGCGGCCGCACUGCUGGCUAUGGAGCCGCCCUGGGGCCAGACGCUUUCCACCGAUGGCCCCUGCGGCCAUUCUGACCACCACCCACGCAGGAGCCCCACGCAGGACCCGCCCUGCCCCUCCUGCUCGCCCUUGCCCGGGGGCUUGAUGCUGGUGGAGGCCAGAGUGGAGGAUGCUGACUCGGGUGUGGCCGCUCUCUGCCAGCCCGUCUUUGAGGACCCCCUGGGAGCAUCCACCUCUGGAACGUCAGGACCCUGGCUGCCCAGCAGCAGGCGAAGCCCUGAGUCCUGGGUCCCAGGCUGCACCGGGGGCCACACGGAUGACAGCCACACGGACGGCAGUGGCCACACGGACAGCUGCCUUGGCAGGAAGCAUGGCCUCCAGGCUGUCCCUGAGCUGGGCCAUCCCCUGGCCCCAGCAGACCCCAGAGAGCCUCUCCAUGGACCAGAGGGGGUCUGCUUUGGCCGGGAGCCAGGCUGCUGCCUGGACCGCCCCUGUCUGUGUCCUGUUGAGGGCCUGGCACCUGCCAGGGGCCUGGUCACACACCCCUGGACAGAGGCAGCUGUGAGUGGGGGCCACGGCCCCCAGACAGAGCCCAGGUGUGCAGAGGAGGCCGAGGGCCCUGCUGGACCCCAAGUGUCCCUUCCGUCCAUCCCGACCCCAUCCCUAGAGGGAGCCCAGCUUCCCACGGAGGAGGCCAGCGCCCCCACGGCCCUGCCUGCUUCCCCCACGCCUGCCAGCAGCCAGGCAGCUGCCAUGGAGCCAGCACCCACGUGGGACGGAGGCAGCAGCUGCCUGGAGCUGGAGGCCCCCGGCAGUGAGGACGAGGACACGACCGAGGCCACAUCCGGCGUUUGCACUGACUUGUCCAGCGACGGCCUUCAGGCCGAGAAGCCGGACUCGACGCCGGCCAUCCGCUCCCUGCAGAAGCAGGUGGGCACGCCCGACUCCCUGGACUCGCUGGACAUCCCGUCCUCGGCCAGCGACGGCGGCUGUGAGGUCUGCAGCCCGCCAGCCGUGGGCACCCCUGGAGGGCAGCCCCGGGCCCUGGACAGUGGCUACGACACAGAGAACUACGAGUCCCCUGAGUUUGUGCUCAAGGAGGCCCCGGAGCCGUGUGAGCCCGAGGCUUCUGGGCGGCUGGCCCCCGAGGGUGAGAGCCCUGGGGUGGAGACGCAGCUCCGGGCCUCCCUCAGCGGCCUCAGCGAGAAGAACCCCUACCGCGACUCGGCCUACUUCUCGGACCUGGACACGGAGCCCGAGCCCCCCUCGGGGUCUGAGAAGGGGGCAGGCGGUGUCCCGGCCCCUGGGCCGGAGCCGGACAUGGGGAGUCCCCAGAGCCCUGGGCUGCAGCCUGCACAGCCGUCUGAGCCCUGGGUGCCCGGGGAGGCGCAGAUCCCCGGCCCCAGAGAGCUGUCGCCACUGCCACUUCACGAGGACUCUUCCCCUGGGCCCAUCGCCUGCCCCACGGGCCCCGGAGCCCCGCUCUGCCUGGCCCUGGCGGGACUCCCCGCCGCCCCGGAGGGCCGGCUGGAGGAAGAGGAAGAGGACAGCGAGGACAGCGACGAGUCGGACGAGGAGCUCCGCUCCUAUAUGGUCCAGGAGCCGAGCGAGGAGAGCGAGGAGGGGGCGCCGCCCGUGCCCGUGGUGGUGGCCGAGAGCCAGAGCGCGCGCCGCCUGCGCAGCCUGCUCAAGAUGCCCGGCCUGCUGCCCGCCGCCCUCCGCGAGGACCUGGAGCGCAAGAAGAAGGCCGUGUCCUUCUUCGACGAUGUCACCGGUCUGAGCUGA